AUGCCCGUGGACAUCUCCAAUGAAUGGCACAUAGAAAGUGUGAUGAACGCUGCAGACUAUUACGGCCUGGACGAGCUCCGCCGCGCUUGCGCUGGUUUUGUCCAAUGCUGCAUUACUGUCGACACUGUCUGCGCUUUGUUGGCCUCUGCUGAGCGUUAUAUCCAGUAUAAGUGUACCAAGUCUUUGGUGCAGAAGGUUCUGGAGUUCGUGGACGAGCAUGGAAACGAAGUUCUCAAUCUUGGCUCCUUCACUCUUCUGCCUCAACAUGUCGUGAGGCUAAUUCUGGCCAGAGACGAGCUAAGGGCUGAUGAGUUCACUAAGUUCCAGGCAGCCCUCAUGUGGAGCAAGAAAUACUGCGACACCAAUCCCAACAUCAACCUGAAGGAGGUCAUCGGGAACUUCCUGGAAUACAUCCAGUUCCACAAGAUCCCGGCCAACGUGCUGAUGCGUGAGGUCCACCCAUUGGGGCUUGUGCCAUACUCCAUCAUCAUGAACGCUCUUGCUUAUCAGGCAGACCCGGCCAGCAUAGAUCCAGGAAAGCUGUCCCCGGCGCGGGUCCGGCGCGCCGGACGCUCCAUGUCCGUGCAGUCUUCGCUCGACCCGUACGGGUCCAACACCACCCUCUCCUCCACCGGCUCGAGCGACGUCCCGUCGUCCGACUCUCGGCACAACUAACGCGAGGGGAACCUCCCCCGUCCCGCGCCUGAACCCGUCCCUGGCCCUUCCACCGCCCCCACCGCUCCUCUCUCCGACAAACCUCCAGACAAGCCCCCUGAAAAACUCGGCCUCUUCUCUUCCAUCAAAAGAGCUGCCAGUAAGAAAUUCGGGGAUCGACGCUCUCCUACCCCUAAAACUAGGGAACCCCGAUCCAAGUCGGAUUCUAUAAAACAUGCGGCGCUUACGAGACAAGUAUCAGAAGCCGCUGCUUCAGGAGACCCGACUUUCGAACGAUGCAGACCUAAGAAGAGAGACAGCGAAACCGAAUUCCCUGUCCGCAAGUCGACUUCUGAGAUUUCUGAAAGCUUCCCAUUUGUUAGACGUGCGUUAGCUGAGAUAGAGAACGGCUUGAAUUACUUUAGAAAAUCGGUUGCAGAGUCUGGGGAAACUAAGCCGUCGUCGCUUCGCACUGAGCCGCUUGUGGUGGUGGCGGCUGCCGAGGACGAGACGCCGGCGUCGCCACCGCCGCCGAUGGGUUUGAAAGAGCGUCGGGGCUCCCGAGGUUCCCCGUGUGCUAAUCUUCCGCCGCUUAUGCUGCCUCCGAGUACUCCAGAUCCGUCACCAGGGCGUCUGUCACCGAACCGCUUAUCUCCACAGCGAAGUUUGUCUCCAAAAGAGCCACAACGAACGCAAGAGCCAUCUUCAGCGAGCGCAAUUCCGUCUACCAGCCAACAAUCUUCAAUCAGUCAGCUAACUUCGUCUAGCCAGCCGUCGUCGGCUCCACCGCGCGAUCCUCCGCGGCGAACGCGUACUCGUUCUGAAAUGCCUCCUGAUCCACCUCCCAGAUCUCCCCAAACUCCCCGUCCAGCCUCUGUUUCUCCUAAACACACGUUCGCUUUCAGGAUAGUGAUGAAAAAAGUGGAAAGUACACCAAACACUUCGUUUGACAGACCUGAUCAAUGAGAGUACCUCCUCUAAGCGCGGCCGCUGUUAUGCGGUGGGAGUACUCGAGGUAAACGCGCUUUUCUCCACAAUAGAAAGGCUAGCAUAGAUUAGUUAGCGGCGUUUCUACAUACGGUUCGCCAAAAAUACUUCAAUGAAUACGCUUUUCGAGAAUAAUCUUCAUCUUAUGAAACCAGGGGCUGGUCCUCCUUAAGGAUGUAUGUCAAGAUUGUGUGGUAUUGAAUAAGAAUUAUAUAAGGAAUCCAAAGCACAUUGAGUGAAACUUGUUUUAAUGAUAAUGUUAGUUAAACAAAAUGAAACGGAUGUAUUGGAUAUGUAAACAUUUAAAACAUAAACGUAUACAUUAUUGAUCCACUCUCAGUAUCAUAAGAUUCAUAUGUUUAUAUUUGUUGUGAAUAUGAAUCCGUCAGUGUUAAUUAUUUGUGAAUGACAUAUCAGUUGUAAGUACAUUUUUAAAUACUCUUCUGGAGCAAGAUAAUGCCAGUCCUCUAUUAACCCUUUUCCAGCCCCGGCCAAUCUUGAAAGUUUUAUACGAAAUCCAACGUCUAUCCUAAGUAGUUUGUAUUGGCGAUAGAUUUCAAGGAUUAACAUAUUGUAUAAUAUACAUAUAUAUAUUAUAUAUAUUGUAU